AUGACAACUAAAAAAAUAACAAAAUUUCCUUUACCUAAUGCUACAAAACCUCGUUAUAUGGUUUCGAAAAAAAUUGAAAUCAAUGAAUUACCUGAUGAUGUUCUUCUAUAUAUUUUUCGUUAUUUAACACCUAUUGAUUUACUCAAUAUUGGCAUUGUCUGUCGACGAUGGUAUUCAAUCUCACAAGAUGAAAGUCUUUGGCGUUCAUUAGUACUUUCCUAUGGCCUUCAUCAAAUAUCAUCCACGUCACCAAGUAAGCAACGAAUACAAACAUAUUUAAAUCAACAAAUAAAAACUCAAUUAAAAUCUCUUUUUCCAAUUAAAUUCGAUAUAUUAAAAUCUUAUACCGGUAUUCCUGAUUAUCAAAAAAUAUUUAACAAAUUUGCUGAUCAAUUUAACUUUCUUCUUGCAUUUUGUGAUGAUAAACAUAAUAUAAUAUGGUCUCAAAAACAUGAUACAAUGAAAUUUUUUGAUACAAGUAUGUCAAUUCGUUGGCUUGAAACAACAAUGCCAGAAUUUUUAUCUCGUGUACAUUUUCUUCGUCUUUUUUCAAUUGUUUCAAUUGAUAUAAAUACACGUCCAAAUCGUAUACGUUUACCAAAAACGAAUGAACAAUUAUCUGAUAUAACACAAAAACCUAUUCAACAUACACAAAAAAUUCAAUCUUUAUUACAUGAAUAUUCAUUUGAUUGGAAUUUAAUUAAAACAAAAUCUAUAUCAUUAACAAACGAUAUUAAGUCACCAAUUCGUAUAUCGAAAUUAUCAAAUGAAGAUGAUUUUUUAAUAGCUAUCUAUGAGCAAGAUAAAUCAUUUGCUUUUCUUGUUUUUAAUAUUAAUUAUUUAUCUUUUCAUGAACUUUUUUUUACUGGUCUUCGUACAACAAAUUCAAUCAUUAAUAAUAAACCAUUAUCUCAAAUGAUUAUUCCAAAUCAUUUUCCAAAAUUAAAUGAUCUUGAAGUAUCAGUUUUUAUUUGUUUUCGAAAUAUGACAACAAUAUUUCUUCAACAUCGUUUUCUUAAUUGUCGAUUAAAAUUUUCUAAUAUACCUAUUAUUGAAUUAAUACGUACAACUGAUAUGACACAAGAAUUAGGACCUGAAUUAGUAGAUUUACCAAAAUUUAAUUGGAAAACAGGCCUUUUUAAAGGAUCUAUUACUGAUAUAUUUCUUAUUGAUAUUGUUGUCUUAAAUGAACGUAAGAAUGUUUCAUUUAGUAUUACACUGCCAGCUACACUUGCACCUGGUAAUGGUAAUGAACAUAGUCAAGGAAAUGAUUAUAUUCUUUCAUCAAAUGUAUGGAAUAUAAAAGCUGUAUCACAGUGCAAUAAUCGUAUUCGUCUUGAUGGCACAAUAAUGCGGCUUGAUAGUGAAUAUUGUGCUCUUGGACGAGAUUCCCAAUCAUGGCAUUUACAAAAUAUGACAUGUUCUUUUUAA